AACUGUGCUUUUCGUCUGUCAACAAGGACUGUGAGAAAUUUCUAUCGGCCCCCAGUGGUUUCGCUCAGUCCUUCACAAAGUAGUGAGAGCAGCUUGUAGUCAGUAGUGCUCUACACUGUCCACUCGGUGACAUUAAAGGUGCUGGAUAUAGACUGUGAGCAGGUAACAGGUACAUGGUUUUACGAGGAACUUAUAAUCAGUAUCGCAAAACAGGUUCUGGUUCUGGUGCGAAUGAAUGAGAUGAACAGGUAUACGGGUUUACCUGGGGUUUUUCAUGGUAGCUGAUUAUGGAUGCAUGCUGUCGACAUUUAGAAAGUAGUUGUCACUAACGCUCACACUCGCAAACUCUUUGCCGAAUGUUUUCUAUCAGACGAGACUGAUAUCUUUUUGUUCCAUGUGCAUCACAGAGGUUUGGAGAAGAUCCUACAGGCCCGGUGUUUAACAGAGUUGUACAGCAAGCAGCAUAAAAGGCAAUGAUGGCAGACAAAGACAAAUCAGGAAACCGUUAUUUCCACUCGAGUCCCAGCAAAGAAACCCUCGUCAGCGUUUGUCGUGCUCCGAUGACCCAGGCCGCCUUCGAUGAAGUGUAUCUGAACGAGACAGAAGACACAGGCUGGUUGAAGGAGCGGAUGAGGAGGCAGAUGUACUGCAGCAAGAGGCGCUUGUGGAAAAUAUUCAGCACUUACCUGCCUGUUGUGAGGGCUAUCCGCUAUUACAAGUUGAGGGAGUUUGCCCUCACGGAUCUCUCUGCCGGCCUGACUGUCGGCAUCCUUCAGAUCCCAAUGGCCUUGGCCUUCGGUGAGCUGACCUCUGUCAAGAUGGAGAAUGGUCUGUACAGCUCCGUGUGGCCGGUCCUGGUGUACGUCUUGUUUGGUACCUCGCCUCACGUCUCCAUGGGAACCAGUGCAGUCGUGUGCAUUCUGACAGCCGCUGUAGUUAACAGGAUGGGGGCCGCGUACGCCUCUAGUCGACCAUGGCUGACAAACGUCACAGACCCCGCCACAGGGAACUCAACCUUGCCCCUAGACCUGGUCCCCGAGUAUCUGGACUACAAAGAGGAGAUCUGCAUGGGCAUAACGCUCAUCACUGGGGUCAUGAUGGUUGUGCUGGGGCUGUUCAAACUGGGCUUCAUAACCUACUACUUGUCAGACUCCUUCUUUGCGGCCUUCACCUCGGCCGCUGGCCUUCACAUCGGGGUCAGCCAGCUGCCCGGCAUGCUAGGGAUCCAGAUCCCGCAGUUUUCUGGCAUGUUCAAGAUCAUCCACUCCUGCCGAGCCAUCAUCGACGGCGUCAGCAAUGUCAACUGGGCCUCGCUCAUCAUCUCCGUCAUAGUCUGCAUCGUCGUGCAGCUGUUUAAGGACUGCGUCAACGAGCGUUUCAAGCACAAACUUCCGGCGCCAAUCCCUACUGAGCUGCUGGUGGUGAUUGUUGCCACGGUCAUCUCGCACCUGGGGGAGUUCCAAGAAAACUUUGGGGUGAAAGUUGUGGGCCAGGUCCCCAACUACUUCUCAGCACCGGUGCUUCCUACCACUGGGCUGCAGGAAUCCGAGGCUUACAUCAAGGACUGCUUUGUACUUGCCAUCCUUAUUUUCGCCUACACAAUCGCCGUCGCCAAGAUCUGCGCCAAGAAGCACAACUACGAGGUGGACAACUCGCAGGAGAUGAUCGCUUACGGCAUGUGCAACCUGCUGACAUCGUUCCUCAAAUGUUUCCCCACCUGUGUUGCUCCGUCGCGCUCCAUGGUUGCCAGCAACAUGAACGCCAAGACCAUCCUCAAUGGUGUGUAUUCUGUCGUCCUCAUGCUCCUCUUUGUCUUGUUUGUCGGACCGCUGUUGGAGGCCCUGCCGAGGGCUUCGUUGGCCGCCAUCAUCUUCAUCUCGCUCAAAGUACUCGUUGUGCAGAUCCUGGACUGCCGCAAGUUCUGGAGGAUCAAUAAGCUCGACUUCGUCAUCUGGGUGUUCACAUUCUUCUCGACCACCUUCCUGGACAUUGACUACGGACUUUUGAUCGGCUUUUGCGUCUCAGUCCUGACCAUCAUCAUCCAAGGCCAGCUCGUCCGUGGCGAUCGCCUGGAGAGGACCGGAAGUACUUCGGUGAUGGCGGAAGUUGGACGCUAUGCAAAGACCAGCGAGAUUGCCGGCGUAAUGAUCUUCCGCUUCCAGUCCUCGCUGUUCUUUGCUAACGCCGAGAUUUUCCGAAGCCGCCUGUACAAAACACCGUCAACCCUCGCAAGCUGCUCAAGUUUCUUAGGAAGGGUCAAAAGGGCGUUAUCAUGACAGCUGUAGUACAGAGCUCACCUUUUACC